AUGCACGUUGUUGUCUCUGUCAUCAAGAAACUGAAACGGUUCUGCAUGUUCUUUGGAGUUGUGGCGCGGCGCAAGAUGUUUGGGCUGGGAGCUUGGGUAGACUUCAGAAAUCUGAGGAAUACGGUUAUUCAUGGAGGGGUUUUCCAGCAUCCCUCAAGAUCAGCCCAACGUGCAGUUGAUUAUUUGAAGGAGUAUUCGAUUGCACAAGACUCUUUGCAUGUGCCUAUCCCGAAUCAUGGUCCAGUACAGCAGACAUGGCAGCCUCCACCAGAAACGUUUUUCAAGCUGAACUUCGACGGUGCUUGCUUUGAUGAGGGUGCUGCAUCAGGUUAUGGGGCAGUGAUUAGGAAUGAAAAGGGUGACGUCAUGGCUGCUUUAGCGGUUCGAGGAGGCGCUGUGCGUGACAGUGAGGAGGUGGAAGUGAUGGCGUGCCGUAAAGCGCUUGAGUUUGCCAUUGAUGCGGGCUUCACAGAGAUAGUACUGGAAGGCGAUAAUGCUGUGGUGAUGAAAAUGAUUACUCAGGCCCAACCAGACCUUUCACGUCUUGGCUUAAUCUACGAAGAUAUCUGGUGUUUGGCUGCAGGGUUCAGGUCCAUCUCUUAUAAUUGUAUUAGGCGUAGUGCUAAUGGUGUUGCUCAUUCUUUGGCUAGGUUUGCUAGAUUACUUGACAAUGAAAUUGUUUGGCUGGAGGAGGAUCCUCCACCUGCUGUGGAUGCUUUGUAUUUGGAUUCUUCUUUUCUUAAUUAA